AUGUCUGACUCCAUUGAUGCUGAUCAAUUCACCCGAAUGGGUUCGAUCACCAAAACUUACUACCGAGAUGUCUAUCCAGCCAUUGAGCCGACCAAGCCGGAAUUCUCCCAGACCGAAAAAGUGACUAUUAUUACUGGUGCUGGCAAGGGAAUUGGUCGAGCAAUUGCACGAAGCCACGCCCAAUCCAAUGUAAAGGGACUGGUUCUCAUCACCCUAUCGGAGUCAUCCGCAGAGGAAACCAAAAGUAUCAUCCAAGCCGAGUUCCCCUCACUCGAGAUCCUCGCGCUUCCCACUAAUAUCGCCGACGAGAAGUCCGUGGCGCGCACCUUCGAGGCUAUCAAAGAGAAAUUUGGAACAGCCGACACCCUGAUCAACAACGCCGGAGUGUUUGCACCUGGAGCCCCCAUUGCGGAGUCCGACGGGGCCACGUGGUGGAGCGACUUUGAGAUCAACGUGCAUGGUACAUACAAUGUCACAGCGGCUUUCUUGCGUUUGAUCGCCCAGACACCGGAGAUCAAGCCCACAGUGGUGAACCUGAUCAGCACAAUUGCGUUGACUCCUCCGUCGCUGAGUAGUUAUUUCAUUAGCAAGCUAAGCGUGGCCAAGAUGACAGAGUUCGUCACCGCCGAGAACCCAAACGUGGCGGCUUAUAGUCUGUCCCCGGGUAUUGUCCUAACAAGCAUGACAUUGGAUUCAUUUAAACCAUUUGCCAAAGACACUGCGGAAUUGACAGGAGCUGUGACGGUAUACCUGGCCGCUAAGCGUCCUGAGUAUCUCAAUGGCCGUCACCUCUCUGUCAACUGGGAUUUGGAAGAGUUGGAAACUCGCCAGUCUGAAUUUGCUUCGUCGGACAAGUUGAAGGUCGGACAAUUUGUUUGA